UCUUCAUGUUGGCCUGACCGGUUUUACACAGCAAUAGUAGCAGCUACCUGGUGCUCUAGUGUUCACCUUCAAAAAUCCUCCUUCUCUGCACCCUGUUCAUCACCAUCUCCCAAAAUCCAUAACCUUUUAGCUAGAAAAUCCAUGGAGGAAGUGUGGAAAGACAUUAGUCUGGCUUCUCUAAGUGACCACCCUGUUGAUUCCAUCCUCUCCACCAGAACCAAGAAUCCUAACUUUCCUAGCAUGAUCCUUCUGAACUUUUUGGCUACACCCAUCAAUAAAGAACCUCCAACUCCAAGAACAUCAGUUGUCUCCUCCAAUGACACAUCUUCUACUGAAGGACCUGCCCCUUUUGUCCCCGGCACAAUAUUGAGCUUGAAAUCUGGGUUCGGGUCGGCCUGCCGAUGCACAGAGACUGGUGACCCCAUGAGGCCAAACCUAGAGGUCAACGCUCGUGCCGGUGUUCCUGCGGCUCCAUCUUUUUCUUCUUACAGUUCUGGUUUUCGUGGUUUCGGUUCUCCUGAAGCUUUCCCUUCUUUUUGCACAAAAAGGGCUCCUGAAAGUAACGAAAACUCCAACGAUCGGCGGCAUAAACGCAUGAUGAAGAACAGAGAGUCAGCUGCUCGGUCUAGAGCUAGAAAACAGGCAUACACUACCGAGUUGGAGCUUAAAGUUGCUCAUUUACAGGAAGAAAAUGCUAAGCUUAGAAGGCAGCAAGAGAAGAUAUUGGCAGCUCGAGAUCAGGUUCCAAAAAAGAAUACUCUAAGUAGAACGUCAACAGCUCCAUUCUGAGAAGUAAAGGCAGCCAUUUCUUCUUUUAAGUCCAUACAGACUGCGCUCCUACACAUGCGUCUCUCUCAAAAUAUCCAUAAAAGAAAAGCACAAAAAAACCUCUAGUUUCUGUAGUUUGGGGUCCCCAAUGGGCAAAUGGUGCGGUUUUCUGUUUGGUUCUAUCUCUAAUAUAAUUCCACUUGAGAAUGUAUGGUUUGUCGUUUUCUGUUUGCUUUUGUCUCCUACCAAUGAGAAUAAAGCGGUUAGAUGGAAAAAGAAACAAAUAAACAUUUAAAUAGAAAGAAGCAUAGACAUAGCUAUUUUCCUAA